GCUCACUCUCGCCACGGGGCGAAGCAACAGAGACGAGAGAGAGAGAGAGAGAAAGGGAGGGAGCAGAGACGCCAAGAGUUGAACAAAGCUAAUGAUGUGGAUGUCUGGAAUGUUUGGUGUUACGGUGGUCGUUGUGGUCGUUCUUGUUGCCGCCAUGGCUCCUGAUGUCUCUGGCCAGCAGCUGUCGUGGUCGUUGCUCACGCCAUCAACCUCUGCGGCACCAUCUCCUCGACGUGAUGCUGUGUGGGAGUAUGAUGCUGGAAGGAAUCAAGUUGUUCUCUUUGGUGGUGUCUCUGCCUCGGGAGAGACAAACGAUGUGUGGACCUUUGAUUUGACCACAAACGUGUGGACAGAGCGAUCCACCUCUGGUACCCGUCCGGUUGUUCGCUUUGAUAUGGUCUCGGGCAUUGUGGGCAACUCGUUGUACAUCUCCUCAGGUCAAUCAGGUCCCAUUGUGCUCUCGGAUGUGUGGGAGCUUGAUCUGACAACCUACGCAUGGACUCAGCUGCCGCAGGCUGGUGCCAUUCCUCGCGGACGGUACGGAUCGGCUGGCGGCGUCUUCCGCACAGGCACGGGCCUGUACCUCUCGCACGGCUUCAACAAGAAGGUCCGCUACGAUGACACCUUCUUCUACUCGUUUGCCGAGCAAAAGUGGAUCGAGGUGACGCCGGCAGGGAAUCUGCCCGGCGCGAGGUGCCUGGUGGGCACCACCAUGCUCACCGCCAACUCGUUCACCAUGUACGGCGGAUGCGGGUCCGGCGGCUACUCGCCGUGCCCGUCGCAGGAGAGCUUCAUCUUUGCCGCCAACUUUGCCGAUGGCUCGCGCAACUGGGUCAAGACCCGCAAGUGCCCGCCCAAGCUCCAGCGGGCCGCCAUGGCGUUCUUCCCGGGCGACAGCUCCAAGGCUGUGCUCUACGGCGGCGCCAAGGCGACCGCCGGCGGCGUUGUUAACGUGCUCGACGUGCCAUCUGGGGCGUGGACCCGGGUAGUGCCGGGCGGCAGCGCAGUGCCUGCCGUUCGCCAAGCUCACACCAUGACGCUUGUGUACAACACGGCAUCACCCUCGUCCGAGUACGUGCUGGUCUUUGGCGGGCAGGUCAGCGGCGCGCUGACCAACGAGAUCUGGCGGCUGAGCGGGACGACGACGGCCGGACUGCCGAACAAGGCCUGCCAGAUCGGCUUUGACUUUCGGAUUCUGCACGGCCUCUUUAUGUGGCUCUCGUGGGGUCUCCUCCUUCCGGGAGGCAUCUUUGCGGCGCGGUUCCUCAAGCACUCGAGCGCCAAGCCGCGCGGGCUUCCGAUCUGGUUCUUCAUCCACCGCAUUGUCAUGCCGAUUGGGCUAUGCUUUGCGCUGCUAGGCUUCAUCUUUGCGUGGUUCAUCACCGGCAAGCACUUUACCGCCCUCCCACACGCCAUUUUUGGCGUCCUUGUCACGCUUCUCGGCCUGCUCCAGCCGGUCAACGCCUACUUUCGGCCGCACCCCAACCCGCUCAACUGCAAGCGCAAGUUCUGGCAAUACCUCCACUGGUGGGGCGGGCGGACGGCGGCGGUGCUCGGCCUGGUCAACGUCGGCCUCGGCGUAUGGCAUCUCAACCAGCACAUCUUUGAGAACCUCUCGGGCCUGUACAUCGUGUACGGUCUCGAGAUGGCGCUGUUUGUCUUUGGCUUCCUCGCCCUCAACGUGCUCAAGGGCAAGAACGACGCCGAGACCUUUAAGUUCUCGUCGUGGCAUGUUUGGUUGCCCAACAUCACCCGCAAGGGCGAACCUGUCACCUCAACAUCCAACUCGGACGACGGCGUGGCCAUGUCGUCGUCGUCGCCAGCGCGCACCAAGGGCAGCGAGUCGGCGGCGUCGUCGUCGUCAUCGUCAUAAAUCAAACACUCUAUGCUGCA